AUGACUCGCGUAGAAAGUAACCGCUUUAAUAAGCGUUCACCAAUAAUUUGUUCUGCAUACUUUCGUGAAACUCCUGCCAAAGAUUACAGCUUCUUGGGUUUCUAUCAAUACCGUCAAAAGCAGCCUGAUUUUACUUACUCGUUUCAAAAGAAGGCUCUUAAACUCAAGAACGAUCUCAACGUACUAGUGAAAGGUGACUCAGAAGAAGUAAAAACGGCUGUAAGUGAAUUAUUACAAAAGUAUAAGGCAAAUUUCUCUUAUGCACACAAUUACGGUAGACAAUUGCGUACUGUUUACCUUAUGGCUCACCGCGAAAAAUACAAUGAUGUCCGAAUAUUUUGGAAUAAAAUAGAAUCUUCUACUGCCGAUUCAGACUUACAUUUGGAUAAGGUAAAAACGGCUCGAACAGUAAUGCAUAGCGUUGAGAGGUUGAUCAAAACCGCCUUUAACGAAGUUGAUAGUACACUGAAAACCGAUGGAGGUUAUGUCUCCAAUAAUGAACCGAAUGAAAGAAAACGACCAGCUGAGGAAGCUUCUCUAAUUAUCACUCCUCCUCCUAAACUUCGCAGUUACGCUCACACUUUCUCUCCAUGUUAUAAAAGUGGCAAUAAUUCUUUUGACGAUUACGAUGAAGAAUCGACCGAAGCAUCAACUGAUGUUUCUCCAUUGAAUUUAGCAAAUGUUGAUACUCCCGAUUAUGAGACUACAAUUCGAGAAUGUUCAAGUGAUGAAAUGGGCGAAUCAAGUGAAAAUAAUAUUCCCAAUGAUAGUGAUUUCAACGAAACAAUAGAAAUCAAACAUGAUGAUCUAGAAGAAUUAGAACGGCAGAUAACAUUUCGUUUAUUAAAUGAGUGGGAAGUAGGUACAUUUAACGUGUCGAAAAAAUUUAAGUUAUAUCAAAGACAGUUAAUAUUAAGCAUUAGGCAGAAAGAAAAAAAGUUAACGACCUUAUCGUCAAUAAUUGUAAUGUGCUGGCCUUGCCCCUACUCUACAUUUACAAGUUCCGAAUGGCGACAAGUCCUUAACUCAAAUCCAUAUAAAAUUAUGCAACCUAUUCUGACAGAUUCACUCUUAACUGCAUUCUAUAAAGCGACAAAUGAUUUUUCACUCAGAUUGAAUUGUAGUUCGCUAGAUGAUAAUAGUGAAUUAAGUGAUAAAGCUAGACGCAUAUUUGACUACAUUAAAAGCAAGAUUCCACUGUCAUCAAAACAGAAAGAAACCAAAACUAAGCACAUGUAA